UCACUGUCGUAACUCAGCUACAACACGACACAUGCGGCUUUCCUUCUUUCUUUUUUUUUUCACGUCACGAAGGCGUUGUAAUGUAAUGACCGUUUAACGGAAUAAAUACACAAUUACACCGCGGUGUGAUGAAGUAUAAGUUUGAGUAGUGUGAUGAGUGUCUUCUCUAAAUAAGGAGAAAAAGCCCAUCAGGAUGUUUGUGGUGGUUGAGAUGAUCGACACCGUACGGAUUCCUCCGUGGAAUUUCCACCGGCAGCUGAACGAUACCAUCGCUGAGGAGCUCAACAAGAAAUUGGCCAACAAGGUUGUGUAUAACGUUGGCUUGUGCAUCUGCCUAUAUGACAUCACUAAACUGGAGGACUCGUACAUAUUUCCUGGGGACGGAGCCUCUCAUACGAAAGUGCAUUUCAGGUAUGUAGUGUUUCACCCGUUUCUGGAUGAGGUUCUGGUCGGGAAGAUCAAAUACUGCAGUCAGGAAGGAGUGCAUGUCAGCCUCGGAUUCUUCGAUGACAUCCUAAUCCCACCUGAGUCCUUACAGCAGCCUGCUAAGUUUGAUGAAGCCGAGCAGGUGUGGGUGUGGGAGUACGAGACGGACGAAGGAGCUCACGAUCUCUACAUGGACCAGGGUGAGGAGAUCCGCUUCCGGGUCGUGGAAGAGUUCUUCUUAGAUACAUCUCCCACCGGGCCCACCAAAGAACCCGAGGCACCUGCUAAAACCACCAGCACAGUUCCUGCGACUGUUCCAGACGACGGGGCGCAGAAGAAAGAGUCUCCUUACACACUGGUGGCGUCCAUCAGUGAGCCAGGACUGGGCUUGCUGUCAUGGUGGAGCAGCUAACGAUGGUUCAAAACGACACCCUGGGCUCUGUGGUGAUGAUCUGGUUCUCAGUAACUGGCUGCUGUUUGACAUCCAGAACCGGAGAAAGGGAUUUAUGACGUCCUGAGCGAACGCUGUGUUCAUCAGCACCAUGGCGUCUCUCUGGACCUCCUCUACUCCGACCCCAGUUUGGAUCAGCGUUUGAAAUCUGUAUUGGAUUUUGAUUGACAGCACGAUGGACCAAUCGGUGAGAAGUAACCAUGCCAACGUGAUCCGCUGCUCAUCAAACUUGCGUGUCUCGGAAAUACAGUCGAUGACCUCCUUCAUUUCAGAAUAGUGAAAUAAUCUAAUCUCAUUCUGUUUCUCACCUGGUGUGAGCCAACUCCAGCCUGUAUGGAAAUAAAAAGACUUUUUUUGCUUUAAAAUACACGUUAUCUCCGGUGCAGGUGCAUUUUGAUUGGUUACUGUAUGUCAGUGAGCUGAUACGAAAUAAAGCAAGCUUUUAUUUGAUAUAAAAUAAAGUGAAAAUGUACAUAAAGUUCUUCUUAACGUUCA